UAACUUAUAUGACGAUUCAGAUUAUAUUACAAGUUGUGUGAAACGUGCAACUGAAUACAAAUUUUAAGAACGUUUACCCCUUUCAAAACUAGUGUGCCACUUAAUUACUUAGUUGAGCUGAAAAUCCCGGCGGUACUGCAAUACAGCGCCAGCCCGCGAUAGAGGUGGUGAAAGCCGCUAGCAUUCCGUCUGAUUCCAAAAAAUCAGUUUAACAAUUGUUGUUCUCCAAGGGAGAAACCAUCAAAUGUUACGCUAAUAAGAACAUUUCUUGGCCAUUAGGCCGAGAAGCAAUGACUGAACUGGCAAAACCAUUUGUUUUUCUUGCUCCACGUGUAAACGUCAAUCAAGAUUAUUGCAAAUUUUAAAAACACACCCAAAGAGCGUGGGCGGCAGUUUUGCGAAAAGUGCGUGCAUGACUAAAGCAAAAUGAAAUCAUAAAUCGAAGAUUGUAAUCGUGGGGUAUAUUCUAUAAACGAAGCGGUACAAACUCUAUUAUAUCUCUUAAAAACUAUACCAAAAUUAGUGGCAAAGCUAUGAUCACUUCGGGGAUUGUUUGGAUUCUUAAGAUGAGGAACCACAAAGCAAUUCAAUUUAUUUUGGUAUGAAAGCAGAUCGGUUUAUUGUUGAUUUGGUGUUGAAAACUAGCUUAAUAUUUUGUUCACGUUUCUUCCGCAUUUCCUAAAUUGGAAAAGUGCUGUGGUGUCCAUAACUUUAAUAACAAUAAACGUUUAAUUGUAUAAAAGAUACAUUUCAUAAACACGUUGAAAUCCUAUCUGUCACAUUCAGAAUUUUAUUUGGAUUAGACCAUAUCCAAACCCCGAUCUUAAGCGAAAAAUCUUCUUUAAAUAUUUCUUGAACAAGGCAGCACUGGGUCUCCACAAUCUUUACCAGCAUUCCCCCAGAUUCUGGCCAAUUGUCACGACGUGCAACCAACUGCUGCCGACAGUUUCGUGACAUGCGUUGAACGUUUUAAAGCAAAUACGAAAAAAUUCAAAAUUCAUUUGCAAAAUUAACCUUGAAAUUGCUUGCAAAAUGUCUGCUAUUACAAGCCCCAGUUUGGAGCGACGCGCCGGUGCUUAAAACAUGUUAGGCCAGUGCUGGGGGGCUUUCCGAGAGAGUGGUACGAUACUCGUACAACGGGGGGAAGAAAGCUGAGGAGAAACGGUAAUAGUCGAAUAGCCGAAUAGGAAACAGGUUUGGUUGAACUUGACCCGCAAACGUUGUGUGCCGUCCGCCCUAUGACUAGAUAUUAUUCCAUAAUUUCCCAUUACCACAGGCUCUGAAGUAAACAAAAAUCGUAUUACGUUGUUGUGGCAUGGAGUCGCUUUCUUGUAAACAGAAUUCUUCAGUAAGAACAAAACAGUCAUACGCCGCAGAGAACAACAACAGCUGAUUCUUCGAUGAGCCGCUGCUGCUGGUGCUCUGCCUCUGCUGCGUCAUGUCAUGAAAAGCUUUGCGACAACCAGCUUUUGCGAGCUUUCUCGCCCAAACGAUCGCGUCGCUGGGGAGCUAAGCUAGUUUUAUUCGUAGUUUGAAAAUUUACGCACAGACAUCGGACAGGCAGCGGAGCGGCACGAGCCGGUAUAUAAAUAAAUUCAAUUAAAGAAAACAGAAGACAACAAAACAAAAACAAUAACAUUUCAUAUUUUCACGUCGCAAUGCCGGAAAAACUGUGGUGUGACUUUCGUUUGUGCCGUUGAACAGCCUCGUCAGACCACACCAGACCAGACACUCCUCGUCUGUCCAAAAGUUCACUUUUGACGUCACUUUCCCUGGUCGCACAGAGAGUCGGCAGAAAUUUCUAAUCAGCUUCGGGCUUUCGUACGAGUGUUCCUUUAUGAGUGUGAAUUUCCUGAAGAGAGUGUACUUUGUGCCCUUGAAGGUGAAUCGCUGAAGAACAACGGCACGCGCCGGAUGCCCUCAGUGUCAAUCGAAUCGGAUCGAAUCGAAUCGGAUCGGAGAGGGCCUUGUUCUAUUGUCUAUCGCCCGCUGAAAUCGACCAAGAGCCAUAGCAGAUGGGCGAGAAAUAUUACGCAUAAUUAAUUGAAAAUAACAAUUGCAAAAUACAUACUAUAAACUCAUGAAGUGCAUCGCGCUGCUGAUUAAGUGAGUGUACUAUAAGUAAUCGUAGCAUCGAUGGACCCCAGUGGAUCGGCCAACUUAUCAGCGCGCGUAAAACAAUUGUAAAAACAUAAGUGUAUGUGAAAUCAAAGCAAGCGCGUGGUCAUCUAACGAAACAACAAUUGCAAAAUAAUAGUACUAGUUUAAAAAAAAACAACAAAAAUUACAAAAAAAAAAAAAAAAUGUACAAACUAGCCGAACAAAAUUUAUAACGAAAGAAACGAAACACCAUAUUCGUAGUUAGUUUUAGUAUCAGCUCGUAACACCAACGGAGCAGUCCGUGAAGGGGCCGACUCUGGUGGCUGUUUGUGGCUAAAUACAGAGAGCCACAGAGCCCAGCCGAGCUGUAGAGCCGUAAAUCCGAGAGGCAGGCAGGCAGGCAGGCAGGCAGGCAGCCCACCGGCUAGUCAGCCAGCCAUCAGGCCAGCAGAGAGGAGGUAACAAAAACCGACUGCACGCGGGCCAAACCGUGUCAGUGCUUGGAUGACUUCGACGGCGCUUGUUCCUUUUCCCGAGUUAACGCUCCCAGCAAGAAACUACCAAAAAGUUAUUACUAAAUAUUGCGAGCACACAUACAACAUGUUGUACCAACGGCUAAUGCAAUGCUCUACCACCAAUAGUUGUUGCAGCAGCGGCGGCGGCAACUGCACAUCGAUCGUGCCCCGACUGCUGCUGCUGCUGAUGUUGCUGCUGCUGCUGAGCGGACAGAUCGAGUCGGUGGAUGGCCACAAAGUGACGGCCACUCUAAUCACAAACCACAACUAUCCCGUGGAAGAGCACACAGUACACACGCCAGAUGACUACAUUCUCACCAUCUACCGCAUUCCCACGUCCCCGAAGCUGCAGCUGCAUUCGAAUGAGACGAUCCAAAAGCCAGUGGUAUUCCUGCAGCAUGGCAUCCUCUGUGCCUCCGAUGACUGGAUCAUCAAUGGCCCGGAGACGUCGCUGGCCUACAUGUUCGCCGAUGCAGGAUACGAUGUCUGGCUGGGCAAUGCCCGGGGCAACACCUACUCCCGCCAACAUAAGCACAUCCAUCCGGAUACCUCGGACUUCUGGAAGUUCAGUUGGCAUGAGAUUGGAGUCUACGAUCUGGCUGCCAUGCUGGACUAUGCUCUAUCGGCGAGUAAUGCCAACUCGCUGCACUUUGUGGCCCACUCGCAGGGCACUACGACAUUCUUUGUGCUGAUGUCCUCGCUGCCGUGGUACAACGAGAAGGUGCGAUCGGUGCAUCUACUCGCCCCGAUCGCCUACAUGCGCAACCACUCGUUCAUUCUGUCCAAGCUGGGAGGCAUCUUCCUGGGUUCUCCCUCCUUCCUGAGUUGGAUUCUGGGGAGCAUGGAACUUUUGCCCAUCACCAGCAUGCAGAAACUCAUGUGCGAGCACGUCUGCUCGGAGGGAUCCAUGUUAAAGUUCCUGUGCUCGGGGCUGCUCGACUUUAUCGGUGGCUGGGGAACGCGACAUCUCAAUCAGACCCUUCUUACAGAUGUGUGUGCCACCCAUCCGGCUGGGGCCUCCACCAGUCAGAUCAUCCAUUACCUGCAGCUCUACGCCUCCGGGGACUUCCGGCAGUACGAUCACGGCAGGGAGCAGAACGAGAUCAUCUACCAGCAGUCAACGCCACCCGCCUACAAUGUGAAGAACAUCAAUAGCUGCGUUCACAUGUACUACAGCGACAACGACUACAUGUCCGCCGUGGAGGAUGUCGAGUAUCUGGCCUCUCUGCUGCCCUGCGCAGAGCUCUACCGCAUUCCGUACUCGGACUGGAACCACUAUGACUUUCUGUGGUCCAUCAAUGUGAAGGAAGUGAUCAAUAAUAGGAUAAUAGACAAAAUGGAACGAUACGACAUAGAACACGCCACAGGAAUGAGUUUUUAGGGGAAAUAGCCAGAUAGCCACCCUCUAUAGCGGUCUAUAAGAACAAUUUUAGCCAAAUCUAAGCACUGUAUAUAAAGUAUAAACUAUUCUAUAAUAAUUUAGCUAGCAAUCAUAAUGAGAUAAUGAGCCUGUGCGUGAUAUUAUAGUAAUUAAAUAGUUCGUAAGGUUGCUUAAGGUUUGUGAAUCAGCUCCUACGAAUUUUUGUAUAUAUUUUCCAUAAAUUGCAAAUGCUAAUACA